ACGAAAAAUAACUUCGGUUUGUGGAUUUGAGAUUUUGCAGAGUGAUCGUGAUAUUUUGCCGAUAUUUGUCGGACGAAUGUCAUUGAUGCAGCAGCAGUAUGCAUUUCCUACAGCUCGGAUUGAAGGGUCUUUUGAAAGAUGUCAAGUUUUCCAAAGGUUUAUUAUCUGUGGUAGGCAAUUAUAGUGCCAUUUGCCACAGACAAUCCAGCAUCCGGUGUUACAGCUUGAAGGCCAAACAAGAUCUUCCAUCACUCCCUGUUGCACCACUCCAGCAAUCUCUUGAGAAAUACCUCAGUGUCUUGAAACCGAUCAUCUCUGAUGAGGACUUUGCCAAGACAUCUCAAAUUGUUAAAGAAUUUGGCAAGACAAAUGGUGAGGGAGAAGCACUGCAUAGGAUUCUUUGCGAAAGGGCUAAAUCAGAAGCAAAUUGGGUUGAUGAAUGGUGGUCACGAUAUGGCUAUCAGAGGUGGCGUGACAGCUUGGUUGUCCAUAUCAACCCUGGGCUGUUCUACUCAAAACAGGAGUUCAACGGGAGGAAUGGCCAGAUCAGAUUUGCAGCCAAACUCCUACUAGGGAUUCUUGAUUACAAGAAAAUGGUGGACAGUGGUACCAUUCCUGUUCAAAAAUACGGCAAGGAUCCUCUUUGUAUGAAACAGCCCUACAUUGUGAUGAAUUCAUGCCGCAUCCCCGGUGAAGAAGAGGAUGGCAGUUAUGUCCAUGACCCGGAAAAACCCGAGGGGCGGGCAGGUUAUGUCGUUGCAAUGCACAACAACCAGUUCUUUUGCAUUGACUUAUACGAUGAGAGUGGCAAACAACUAAACCUGACCCAGUUACAAGAGAAGAUUGGCCAGGCAAUCGACAUGUCUCCGUCGCCAGGACCGCCAGUUGGUGUCUUGACAGCCAUGGACAGGACGUCAUGGGCAAAAGUUUACAAGAAAUUGAUAAAAGACUCCACGAACAGUGCCAUAUUAGAGCGUAUUCAGAAGAGCUUGCUUGUCGUUUGCCUUGACCAGCCUUCGUUCCACAAUUUCCCUGAUGACAAAACUGGAGCUGCAGCCAACUCGAUGCAUGGAUCUGGAAGCCAGCUCAACUCUGGCAAUAGAUGGUUUGAUAAGACUAUGCAGGCUAUUGUGACUACCGAUGGAGGACUUGGAGCGAAUUUGGAACACCUUUUGGCUGAGGCUGUUGCUCAGAGUGAUGUUUUUGACCAUGCACUCGACCACAUGGCCAAGAGAGUCACGACAAAAUCUUUACCAGUUGCAAAGACCGGCCCGCCUCAGAAGCUAGAGUUCAACCUGACAAAUGACCUCCUUGAUGAUAUUGAAGUUGCGAGGAAACAGCUUGAUAGUCUUGUGGAUAACAUUGAGUUGGCACCAAGACUUUUCACAUGGUAUGGGAAGAAUUUCAUCAAGCACUACCGAAUGAGUCCAGAUGCUUAUCUGCAAGUGUGCUUACAGUGGGCUUACUACAGAUUACACGGCCAUCCUGUUUCCACUUACGAGACUGGCUCCACGAAAAAGUUCAGAUAUGGUAGGACAGAAACAGUACGUUCCUGCACGACCGAGGCUUUAGAAUUCAGCAAAGGCAUGGAGAGUAAGACAUGUAAAAAACAGGAGAAGAUAGACCUGCUGACGAAAGCAGUGGAGAAGCAUUCUUCUCUCAGUAAAGAGGCAAUGGCUGGCGAGGGUAUUGACCGACUUCUCUUUGGAAUGAAGAUUGCCGCCAUUGAAAGUGGACGGGAAGUGCCCGAGGUGUACAAUGAUCCAUCGUAUAAGGAGGCCAUGAGGUUUCGAAUUAGCACCAGCCAGGUUCCAAGUAAACAUGGAGGGAAUGUGUACUUUGGUCCUUCAGAACAAGAUGGCUAUGGCAUGUGUUACAACAUCAUGAGUGACCAGGUCAUCUUCACUGUUAGUGCCUUUAAAGACAAUGACAUUACAAGUGCUAAAAAGUUCGCGGAUGUUAUUGAGACAAGCUUAAGGGAUGUCCAGUUGCUUCUAUUCGGAAGAAAAUCGGAGUAUCACCAGGGAUAGAGUUGAAGGAAUGUGCUUGCAAUGAAGUUACCUAGUAGCUAACAUGCUAAUGCGAACCUGGUAGGAACUAUAGGCUUGAAGUAAAUGACCACGUCCUUUUGGGUGUGGUCAAGAUUUAGUCAUUUACUUCUAAAAAGCCGAUACAUGUAUGUACAUGUAUUUGACAACUUAAUUACUUGAGAUUAACCUUUGUUAACCCAUCUGAGGCAGUAGGCUGAAAUCCGUUGUUGUGCUAUUGGCAAAGAUAAUACAUAUAUCAAGCUUUAAAACAAUAUUAAAGGGGGACUAUAGGCAGGAGCUUGAUGGUCAAAUCAAUGACCAUCAUUUGACCAAUAUGUACAGUUAGGGGACUGCUGCGUUUCGUUCAGUUGUAAGUACAGUGGAACCUCCCUUACCGGACACCUCUCUAUUAAGGACAACCUCUCUAUUAAGGACACUAGUUUUGAUCCCAAAUUGGUUGUUUCCAUUCAGUUUGACCUCUCCAAUCAGGACACCUCUCUAUUAAGGACAGCACUUCCCAGUCCCAAGGGUGUCCUUAAUAGAGAGGCUCUAAUGUAUAUGAAAAGUCAAUUUUGGACUACCAGGCACGUGCCUGUAGUCUCCCUUUUAAUGGAGACAAGAGCCUAGGCAGGAGCAAGGUGGGUCAGAUUUAUGUUCUCGAAGUGACUAUUUAGUGUCUUACAGUACCGCUUCAUCCUUUUAUGCUCCUUUUAUCACCAAGUCCUUUACUCAGAUGCCUUGAUUUGGCACUGCCGUGCUUGGGUUGAGCUCUACUCUGAAAUAGACUCUGGCCCCUCAGUUUUAAAUUCUAUCCAUUUUGAAGUCGGACUGAUUCCUGAUCUGUUGCACUGAAAGCUGUUAAAAUAUAUAGGUUUCGGUACAAAAUUAUAGCCAGUGAUGUGACCAAGACAAUGUCAACAGUGGACCAGAUUCUCGACUCAAGACUUGGUCCGGUUCAGCUGUACUUUGCAUAUUUUCACCCGGUGAGCCGAGACAACCAAAGGCCUAUAGGACCCGCUAUGCCUAGCUCGUGCUUAGUCGCCUUUUGAUGUUGUUAGUCAUAAUCAUGAUGUUGUUACCUCAUUUAGCAGCUCGCCUGUGAUAUAGACUGCUUAAUAAAAGUUAGGUUUGUUAA